AUGCUUUGGGCGACUUUAUUUUUGGAGUCCUGGAAACGGAUCAACAGCUCGUACACCUACCGUUAUGGCACUCUGGAUCGACCGUCAAAGCUACUAGAGGAACCGAGGCCCCAGUAUUAUGGUUACUGGGAACCCUCGCCGAUAACUGGACGACUGGAACGUUUCUAUCCUCGAUGGCGUCGUUCUCUGACAGUCUGCUCUGUGACAAUUCCUGUUGUCGGUGUCUGUGUUCUCUUCGUCGGCCUAGUCGCAGUCGGUCAUAUGAAAUUACAAGAAAUUAUUGACAGGAAGACACAGAAAUUGCCCUUCGUAGUGGCUUCUCUCAUCUCCUAUCUCCCAAUGAUACUUCAUGCCAUCUGUAUCUUCGUGUUCAACGAAAUUUACUACAAGAUUGCGAGAUGGCUGACAAACCUUGAGAACCAUCGUCUGGAUGAAGAUUACUCCAACGCAUUUGUCGCUAAAGUGAUUGUGGUAAGACUUACCUGA